UAGAGAUUUCAUAGGGACGUACCAAUGCAUUGAGCGAAAAAGCUGAAUUAAACAACAGCUAACGUUAAUUAAUUCACUCAAGUCCUACAUUGCAAUCGGUUACAAGCGAAAGCUUGAAGUAAAACCCAUCAAAAAAGUAGGCUACAUUAGUUAACUUCCUAUAUGUUACCUGUCGAGGACCUUUGCUUAGAAACAUUUGUUAGCUCAUGGCUACUGUACAGCAUAUAGAUAGACAUAGACAUAAUAGAUCGCUGAUUAAAAGCUGCCAAUUGCAAACCAUUUAUAAAAUGUUUUAUAUAAAUGAACGAACAAUUCAUUAUCUAAAUUAUUCGAGAGAUUCAAUAAAGUACCACUAAAUGUAUAGAUAUGAUCGCCACUUGGGCAAGAUAAGGUCCAGCAGGGAAGCCAAACAAUAUCCAAUUUAUUAAAAUGUCUACAUCUCUUUGCAGCAAGAAGACUAUUCAAACAGUUUAAGGCCUUCUUCAGAUUAAUAUGAGGUAUGAAUCAAAAGAAUAACUAGUAAAAAAGUUCAACAAUUUUUCCUUCGUUUUUCCCCAAAACAGUGGGUGGACUGUAAAUGGGGAGUGGUCAACACGUCGAUUGCCUUUAUGACGUACUAUUGUCAUGGCAACAAGGAUGGUAUUUAAGGAGGCGACCAAGCGCUCGCACAUCAUUUACGCUGUUGAUACUGUGAAAGUGAGCCACAAUACCAUUUUAUAGUGAAAUACAGAUCAUUUUGCUUCUGCACACCACUAGAUUAGUGGCGCUACCAGCAUUACAAGUCACUGGGGCUCCCGACAACCUUGUCAAUGGAGACCCACAAUGGAGAUGCCUCUGAGGCUGAAAGACCUCAGCGGAAGUCUCGGAUGUGUGUAAUGAGGGAGCGUCUCGAGAAGCAGCAGAAGGAGGACGAGGAAGAGUGGAGGACAAAGCUUGAGAGAGUUGAGCUUCGGGCAUCUGCCCUGGAGAAGGACCUGGAGAGGGAAAAGAUUCGGGUUUCUGUUCUGAGCGGACAGCUAGAAAAGACCAAGGCCCUUCAUAGGAACAGCUUGGUUGCUGCAGCACAGCAGCAGAGGGAGAUUCUAAACUGGCAGAAAAAAGUGAAGGUGUUGGAGGUCCAAGCAUCUAGGCUGAAGAGCGACUUGGCAGAAAAAUGCCACCUGCUGAGAGAAGAGCAGUCCCCGGCCUCCCAGAUUAACUGUUCUAUCAAAGAGAUGGAGUCGAGGCCUAGCAAAGAGGACGCUGAGUCCAGAGAUCUUCAUGACAAUGCCAAGAACAGAGUGGACCAUGAUGAAUGCAGGGCCACUCAGUUAGCCAGUGCUCUGGAAAGGAUGAAGAAUGCCCAUGACCAGACAAUAAGUCAUUUGGUAAAAACCAUACUGCAGAAGAUGGAGCUGGAAAACCACCUGGCCGGGACAAAGCUCGAUUUGGAGUCCGUUAGGACAGACUGCAACCAGCUGCGACAGGAGAACCAAGCCAAUGUGUCCAAAAUGGAGGAGUGGCAGGCAAAGGCUGCCUUGGAUAAGGAGAUGUUGGAGACCUCCUGCGACCAGCUCAAGAAUCAGCUGGCAGAAGCCGAAGAGAGAAGGCUGGCUGAGAAAAUUGCCUUGGCCAAAAACCUUUCUGAAGUGGAGGAGAAUCUCUGUCAAACUGUUGCAGCCCAGCGUCAGGCUGAGGACGAGCGGGAACAGGCCAGAGCCAGCCUCCUGGAGCUGGAGAGGCUGAGCAGAGAGGCUGAGCAGAGGUGGCAGAAAACAGAGGAGUUGUUGACAAAGACGACUUUGUUUGACCAGCUCACGGCUAAACUGGAAGGAAAGAUGGCUGCCUUGGGGAAAGAGAUGUUGGCCGAGAAGACCUCCUGCAACCAGCUCAAGAAUGAGCUGGCAGAAGCCGAAGAGAGAAGGCUGGCUGAGAAAAUUGCCUGGGACAAAAGCAACACUGAGCUGGCCAAAAACCUUACUGAAGUGGAGGAGAAGCUCUGUCAAACUGUUGCAGCCCAGCGUCAGGCUGAGGGCGAGCGGGAACAGGCCAGAGCCAGCCUCCUGGAGCUGGAAAGGCUGAGCAGAGAGGCUGAGCAGAGGUGGCAGAAAACAGAGGAGUUGGUGACAAAGACGACUUUGUUUGACCAGCUCACAGCUAAACUGGAAGAAAAGAUGGCUGCCUUGGGGAAAGAGAUGAUGGCCGAGAAGACCUCCUGCAACCAGCUCAAGAAUGAGCUGGCAGAAGCCGAAGAGAGAAGGCUGGCUGAGAAAAUUGCCUGGGAAAAAGGCAACACUGAGCUGGCCAAAAACUUUUCUGAAGUGGAGGAAAAGCUCCGUCAGACUUUUGCAGCCCAGGGUCAGGCUGAGGACGAGCGGGGACAGGCCAGAGCCAGCCUCCUGGAGCUGGAGAGGCUGGGCAGUGAGGCUGAGCAGAGGUGGCAGGUCCUACUGAGGGAAAAGGGGCAGGAGAUGGAUGUCCUGGCGAAGGCUAAAACCAAAGCUCGAAAAGAGUUGUCUCAGAUUAAGAUUGAGAUGAUUGACAGUGGCAGGGGAUUUUUCAGCCAAAAAAAGAAAAAGAUGAAAGAGAACAAGCUUAGGAUCAGCAACCUGGAAUUCUUUCUUUCUUUUUUCUAAACAAGAUCCUCCUUGCUUAUUUUCCCACAGGAAAAGGUGUCUGCUAUGAGACUUUGGUAAUUACUAACAUUAAUAAAUUACAUAAACUUGA